UUUCAAAUUUGUUUCAAAAAUUAAUUCAUAUAUUUAAAAUUCUUGCAUUUUUUUGUAAAAUCGGAUUUUUUCUUAAAAAUUUUCAACAGAGGUGGAAAAGAACAUGAAAAUAUAGAAGAAAAAACAGGAAAAUUUUCCAAGGGGUCAACGACACCGUAGCGAACAUUAUGCAUCUCUUUUCCAAUGUUUUUCUCGGUCAUCGCCAGAUUUAUUUGAUUUUUGACAUACUACUUCUCGGAAAUUUACUUUCUCAAUUAAAGUUUCUUAAAAAAAAUUGGUACAAAAUGGAAGUGCGCCACGAACUUUCUCGUAUUCACAAGAACCAACUCCGCGCAACUCUUCUCGGUGCGUCGACGUCCCAUCAAGGUCAAGGAGGCCACCCGUCGGGAACAGAAUGCCCGUCAUCAUCGUCAUGUCCCGUCGCGACAACGUCAACGUCAACUUCCGGUCCAGCAGUGACGGCGCUGCCGAUUUACCACUUGGAAGAAAUCUCUGACCCGUCGAAAGGUUAUCGAGUUUCCCAUCCGGACAUGGAGCUCUUCAAGAGGCAGAAGUUAGGUUAUCUUUUCACCGACGGGGAGGAAAAUCUUGUCGACUUGCAGCAAGGGCUGGAAAACGGAAGGCAAGUCCCUGUCCCAGACGUCGUGGAGAUUAGUGACGAACGUUACGACAAACUUUAUCCUGUCAUUGAUUGUCCCAUCUUCAUCAGUCAGACGGAUCACGCAUUCGGAUCCGGAUCAUCCACCGAGACGACGGAAUUAGGUACAGAAUCACCGCCUCCCUACUAUUUGAAUGAGUCAAUGUUGUGCUCCUCUUUCGGCGAAGGAUGUGACACGGAUUACGACCUUGAUGAAGAAGAUGCAGAAUUUCUAGUCGAAAAGAGACGAGUAGAUCCAACCUUCACCGUCACGGAGAGUAUGUUUGAAGGACUAAUUUCCUACUUUCUCGCCCACAAUUUGUCCUCCAAGUCGGAUUUCGAUCAACUCCUCAUCACAUUAGAUGAAGCUCUGGCCGCGGCUGAGGAACCGCCACCGCCGCCACCACCGAUUCCUGUUCCGUCAUCAAACGCGUCGUCUUCUCCCCGGUCACCAAAGCCAGAAAAAAAGAAACUAGGUCCAGACCCCAAACCCCCACCACUUUUUCCGAUCAGUGUCCCCUCUCGGUCCCAACUUUGCUCGGUGAUGGAGUAUUUUUUGGAAAAAAGCGAAAAAAUCCCAUCCUCGCUGGCCUGGCAGCCGGUUCACAUUCCGGAGAAAAAAUCGAGAGCAUCACCAGUUCGAAAACCAAGGAAGAAAUCAACAACAUCAUCAGCGUCACCUGGCUCGCCACGACCCUUCGCGUAUAAAAUAUUUCGUCCCCCGAUUCCCAAAGUGGAGCCGAAAGUGUUGCGUUCUUCAAAAAAUUUAGACUGGAAUUUCGCCUCGGUGAGGCGACUGAAAAAGAAAGCGAGCGUGGUCUGCAAUUUCGCCACAUAUUUCAAGAGCGUGAUGCAACUCCAAGUCGCGAGGGGGUUAGAGCAGAGGAAAUUUAUUGCGGACAAGUUGGCGGAGUUUGAGAUGAAGAUAGCGGCGGAGAAUGGGGAGGGUGGCGACAACGUGGAGAAAGGUGGCGACAACAUGGGGAAGGGUGGUGUCGAAAUUCCUACCGGCGACGACGUGGUGGGUGGCGAGGAGCAUGUCGAAGUUCAUGGCGGCGACGGCGACCCGAACGAGAUUCAAAUGAAUAGGAGGUCGUCUUCUGCUGCUUCUGAGGCUACUACUCUGAGCGGAAGUGACUAUUCAGAUGCCACGACGGUGGAAAUGACGACGGAAGAAAGCUGCUCGGAUGGGGAGUGUCCAACCACCGUGAGCGGAAGUGAAUGCUCAGACUUUAUGGAAAUUACGACGCCAGAAACGGACGACGCGACGAAAACAGAAGAAGAAGCCUUGGACGAUUCUGUAGAGUUGGUGGAUCCGGCUGGAAAUAAAUUAAGUCCUGCCACGUCCAUUUCCCUCUUUGCAAAAAUGACAGGAAAUGAUGUCCUCUUUGUCGGCGAGGUGAAUAACGAGAACAAUCCACCCGCCGUGAAGAAACGUGGUCAUAAAUCCUUCCCAUCUUCCAUUUCCUCUCGCCCAAAAUCUGAGAAGAACGUUGCCAGCAAGGUGUCGUCUCCCCGAUAUCCGAAACGAACCCGGUUAUCCGAUCAGGGACAAGAAACGUUGCGAUGUUCGCCACCUCCUGGACCGGAUCACACGUACUGCGCUCCAAUCUCACCCAGUCACAUGUCAAUGUCGGAGGAUUGUGAGGACACGAAUUCGAUGCAGGACAUACCCCCACCACCACCACAGGAGGACGGAGAGAUGUGGGACGUCUUGGCACAACUUGACCUCGGUGGGGAAGAGGGGGUGCAGGGAGAAGGCAAGAAAUUAGAGCCAUCUUUCCCCAUAAAGUGGGUUAAAGAAAUCAUGUCAGAAAUUUUAAAUGAAGAUGGAGGAGGAGGAGAAGGAGGCGAAGAAGAUUCUCAGGUCUCAGAAAGCCAGGAAUACUUUCGACAUGUGUACGUCGUACAUCCAGAGAAUUCGGGACAGGUUGGAGGACAAGAUUCCGCUACGAAUCCAGUACAAAAUUCCCACGCCACGAGUCCACAAAAUUUCCAGGAUAUGAAUCCUCCUCGUUGAUGAACUAGCCUUUAGUCAACCUUCUCUGCAUGAAUCUCAAUUUUUUACAGAAACUUAUGUCUAUUUUUAUACAAUGUUUACAGAAUAUUUAUUUGAAAAACUAUACGUGCUAUCAAUCAGUAUUAUGUAAUAAUGAAAAAAGUGCAAAAUGAAUGGAAAUAAUGUGCAUCAUUUUAUCAGAAA